AUGGCAACAACUGUCCAGUCAUUCGCAGACAAGGUUAUUGCUGUCACUGGCGCCGGCGGUGGAAUCGGACGGGCUACGGCCAUCUACCUAGCCCAUCGAGGUGCUUCUCUCGCAAUCUCAGAUUUGAAUAAGGCCGCCGUGGACGCAGUUGCUGCUGAGGUUCUCCUCGACCACCCUAGUGCCAAGAUUUUCGUCUCGGCCGUUGAUGUCAGCAAGCCUAGCCAGGUCAAGUCGUGGAUUGGCAAAACCAUCGAGAAUUUUGGCAAAUUGGAUGGUGCAGCGAAUAUUGCUGGUACCUUGGGCCUUGCGGAGACGGCUCCUCUGGCCGAACAAUCGGAUGAGGGCUGGAACAUGAUCCUCGACGUCAAUCUCUCGGGUACUAUGUACUGUCUACGUGAGGAACUCCAAGUCCUGACUGAGGGUGGUUCAAUUGUGAACACUUCUAGCGUCCUGGGACUGAAGAGCUCGCCCUUGGAAGGAGGAGGCCCAUAUGUUGCCAGCAAGCAUGCAGUUCUUGGAUUGACCAGAACAGCCGCAAGGGAGUAUGGACAUAAGAACAUCCGAGUCAACUGUGUCAAUCCUGGUGCUAUUGAUACUCCGAUGAUGGCACCAAGUGAGACAGGCCAGGAUCUUAUGGAACUAGUGGCUCCCCCUAUCUCUAGAAUGGGAAGCCCAGGAGAGGUGGCACAGUUGAUUGGAUUUCUUUUGGGAGACGAAUCUCGUUACAUUACCGGAACUUCUGUUAUCAUUGACGGAGGGUUACUUUGCUAG